AUUUUGGACAGGAGGAUGUUGUUCCUUUUGUUUCUUUCGAACAGGAGUUUGUUUGUUCCUUUGUUUCAAUUGUUUGUUCUAUUUGUUCUUUUGGAGACAAUAGAUUCCACAUAUUCACAUGUCACCGCCUCUAUACGUAGAAAAUUUGUCAUAUCACCAGUUGUAUACAAUUAUGGAGUUAAAACAAUGGGAACCGGAGAAAUCAAGUCCCCUGAAGGAGGGGUGAUGACACCAGCUAGUUUAGAUGGAAAUCCAGACUCAAACCAGAGAAAGAAGCUUGGACUGUACUUCAUUGAAUCCGAUGACAGGCGGAUGGCUUUCGGACGCGGUUAUACUGGAGGAACCACACCAGUUGACAUCCAUGGAAAACCUAUUGCUGAUCUUUCGAAAACCGGCGGUUGGUUUGCUGCCUUCUUCAUAUUUGGAAAUGAAAUGGCUGAGAGAAUGGCGUAUUUCGGUCUCUCGGUUAACAUGGUGGCCUUCAUGUUUUAUGUUAUGCAUAGACCCUUCAGCAGUUCAUCAAAUGCAGUUAACAAUUUUCUUGGGAUUUCACAAGCUUCAUCUGUCCUCGGCGGUUUUCUAGCUGAUGCAUAUCUUGGUCGAUAUUGGACAAUAGCAAUCUUUACAACUAUCUAUCUUGUGGGUUUGACAGGAAUAACCUUAUGUGCAACGAUGCACAAUUUCGUGCCAAACCAAGAUCAAUGCAGCGAGCUAGCCCUCCUUUUGGGCAAUUGUGAGCCUGCAAAACCGUGGCAGAUGCUUUACCUCUACACGGUUCUAUACAUAACUGGAUUCGGAGCUGCUGGCAUAAGGCCGUGCGUUUCCUCUUUCGGGGCAGACCAGUUCGACGAAAGAAGUAGAGAUUACAAGUCUCACCUGGAUAGGUUUUUCAACUUCUUUUAUCUCUCUGUCACCAUUGGGGCAAUUAUCGCCUUCACUGCAGUAGUCUAUGUCCAAAUGAAACUUGGUUGGGGAUUCGCCUUUGGGUCACUGGCAUUGGCAAUGGGCAUAUCAAACGUGGUCUUCUUUCUAGGCACCCCUCUAUACCGGCAUAGACUGCCAGGAGGCAGCCCUUUAACGCGCGUUGCUCAAGUUUUGGUUGCUGCCUACAAGAAGAGGAACGCAGAAUUUUCCAGCAGUGAGUUGAUAGGCUUGUAUGAGGUUCCUGGAAAACAAUCUGCCAUAAAGGGUAGUGGAAAGAUAGCUCACACCAACGAUUUUAGAUGUUUGGACAAAGCAGCUCUGCAAUUGAAGGAAGAUGGCGUAGACCCGAGUCCCUGGAGGCUAUGCACUGUGACACAAGUAGAGGAAGUGAAGAUCUUGUUGAAACUUAUUCCGAUCCCGGCAUGCACAAUAAUUUUGAGUGUAGUUUUGACAGAAUAUCUCACCCUCUCAGUGCAGCAGGCAUACACUUUAAACACCCAUAUAGGCAAACUGAAACUCCCUGUAACAUGCAUGCCAGUGUUUCCUGGCCUCAGUAUCUUUCUCAUACUGUCCCUCUACUACUCUACAUUUGUCCCACUGUCCAGGCGCAUCACCGGCCAUCCUCACGGUGCUUCGCAGCUUCAGAGGGUGGGGAUAGGUCUAGCAGUUUCAAUCCUGUCUGUGGCGUGGGCUGCGAUAUUCGAAAUGUACCGGAGAAAUUAUGCUAUAAAGCACGGAUACGAAAGUAACUUCUUAACUGCAAUGCCAAAUCUAAGUGCAUUCUGGUUGCUUAUCCAGUACUGCCUUAUCGGCAUAGCUGAGGUGUUUUGCAUAGUGGGAUUACUUGAGUUCCUGUAUGAGGAAGCCCCAGAUGCAAUGAAGAGUAUCGGAUCUUCUUACGCUGCUCUUGCCGGCGGUUUAGGUUGCUUUGCAGCCAGUAUAUUGAACAGCAUCAUCAAAUCUGUCACCGGAAGCUCAGAGAAGCCGUCUUGGCUGUCCCAGAAUAUCAACACAGGAAGGUUUGAUUAUUUCUACUGGCUGCUGACAGUUUUGAGUCUCAUCAAUUUCGGCGUUUUUCUGUAUUGCGCGCAUCGCUACAAGUACAGGACGGAGCAAGGGGUUAAGACGGAGAAGCAGGCUCUAACCAACGUAAAAGAACAACCCCUCAGUGGUUAGCAUGAUAUGCCAUCUUCCUAUGAUAUUCCAACGUUUUCAUUUCGCAGCACUUUAGUAGAAAAGAGAGAAAAAGAAGCUCAAAUUUACUUGUAACCAAGCGUUAAGCAAACAAGAAAUACAGUUUGUGAUUAGCAAUGUAAAAAUUGCCUUGAAAGAAUAGGAUGGUGGGAGCCCUUUCGGAACGUUUUAUUGACAAUUAUAUUCGGCGA